CCCCACCUCCACCUCGCCACCUAAAAGUUCAAACUGCCAACUGCCUUCCCGCACCACAAUGUCCAGCACCGAGCCAGCAGAGCCCGACGCCGCGGCCGCCGCGCGCGCCGACGCGCGUGCGCUGCGCAUCGCCAAGGCAGUGGAGCGCUCCAAGACCGAGUAUAAGCCAGAGCACGCGUACACCGAGCGGGGGUGGUUCAACGCCGCGGGCCCCUCAGACCCAGCAAAGGCCAAGGCCGACCGCCAGAAGGUAGAGUACAUCGCGACGCGCGCGCUCGUCGUCGACCGCGACCGCGUGUCAGCAGCCGCGGCACUCGCCGCCGUGCGCGCCGCUGCUGGCGCUAAAGCCUUGUCGGGCCUGCCCCGCGAGCUCCUCGGCACCGCUUUAGCCGCAGCCGUCGCCGCGAGAGACGACGCCGCGUGCGUUGAGUUUGCGGCGGCCGCAAAGGGACACUGGGGGACGAAUGUCGGCCUCGCGCUCGCGUCGGCUCAAGCCUUGUCUGCGGGAGGCAAGACAAGAGACUCCCUCGCGCCGCUUCUCGCGUCUACGGGUGUCGCGCUGCAUUACCCCAUUCUUGAGGCGCUGCGCUCUGCGCUAGAGGCUGAGGUGGCAGGGGAAGGCGGAGACGACGGCGUCGAGACGCUGACGCAAGUCGUGCGCACCGUCGCCGCGUCGCGCGCUUGGGCCUUCGCCCGCCCCCUCUUCGCCGAGGGGAAGCCGGCGCAGAGCCCCGCCCAGCCCGCUGUGGCAGAGGACCUGCGCGAGCGCAUCGCGGCCGUCGACCGGCAGGCGCUGGCCAAGCGCCUGGCCGUGGAGCGCGGCGUGCUCGACGGCGCUGUCGCGCGGCUCGCGCGCGCCCUCGGGUCUGCCGUGCACGAGGAGCCCGAGGCCGCGCCCGGCGAGCGCGUCGAGCGCGGCGUGCGCGAGUUGUAG